AUGCGCGAGGUCCCCGCCAACCCUAGCAACAAGACUAACCAUCAUGCAAUUACCGAGGAAGUGCUCGAGGCCACCGUUCUCGGUCGCGCGAUCAACAACGCGUCCGAACAGACACUACGCGCGGUUUUCAAAUUCAUCUGCGCGAAAAACGACGAAGCCCGCAAAGAAGCCGAGAGUCGACUGGUGGCGAUAGUUUCCGAUACUGAAGAGAGCUCUGGCAACAAUAAGAGACCGGUACCACGCUACGCGUCUUGUGUCAAUUGUAAGAAGGAAUUCGAUGUCACAUCUAAUACGGAGGAAAACUGUCGGUAUCAUCCAAGGGGAGAUGAGCCUACUGGCGAAGAUCUUUAUGUUGACAAUUAUGAUGAGUUUGAGGUGGACACCGAUGAAAUGCGCGAGGAAUUCCCAGAGUGCUUUACGUUCGCGUGCUGUGAUGGAAAUCUCAAAGAUAACCCCGUGACAUUGACAUUGACAUUGACAGGGAAGGUGCGAUGGAGGGUGUCGCACUUUAGGAAGGCACGUGGGUUGGGGGUAUAA